AUGCUUAAUCGAUCAUUGAGAACACAAGAUAUUGAAGUUCUUCUUAAAAUGGGAUUUUUUAUAAAUGAUCUUCAUCAACAAAUAACACAAUUGUACAAUACACAAACAAAUAAUCGAUCUCCGUUUGUUGUUUAUCGUGGACAAGGCAUGUUGUUAAAUGAUUUUGAGAAAAUGAAAAAAAGUAAAGGUGGUCUUCUUUCAUUCAAUAAUUUUCUUUCUACAAGUCUUGAUCCUGAUGUUUCAAUUGAAUUUACUAUUCAUGCAUAUUCUAAUCCUAAUAUUGUAGCUAUUCUUUUUAAAAUAAAUAUUGAUCCAAAAAAAUCAUCAAUUCCAUUUGCUGCAUUGGAUAAUGUUAGUUCAUAUAAAUCUGAAAAAGAAAUUCUUUUUUCAAUGUAUACUAUUUUUCGACUUGAAGAAAUCCAUCCAAUUAAUGAACGACUAUGGCAAGUAGAAUUAACAUUAACAACUGAUAAUGAUCAACAACUUAAAAUGCUUAUAGACCAUUUUCGAAAAGAAAUCGAUGGAGGAACUCCAUGGCAACGAUUGGGACAUCUUCUACGUAAAAUGGAAGAAUUUAAUUGUGUUGAAGAACUCUAUACGCCAUUAUUUGAUUCAAAUGAUGAAAAUAAUCAACAUAAUCCUGCUCAUAUCUAUCAUCAACUUGAAUAUGUUAAUAGUGAGAAGGAUGACUAUCAAGCUGCAUUUUACAAUUACAAAAAAGCAUUAGAAAUCGAAGAGAAAUCACGUGGUCUCGAUCAUCCAUCGCUAGCUACUACUUAUAAUAAUCUCAGUGGAGUAUAUAAAAGUAUGGGAGAUAAUAAAAUUGCGCUUUCAUAUUAUGAAAAAACUCUUCAAAUUCAAGAAAAAUCUCUUACCCCUAAUCAUUUAUCAUUAGCUACAACAUACAAUAAUAUUGGUUCAGUAUAUGAUGUAUUAGAAUCAACACUUCCUUCAUAUCAUCCUGAUUUAGGUUCAAUAUUCAAUAAUAUUGGAGGAGUACAUAAAUCAAAAGGAGAUGAUUUAAGUGCUCUUCGAUUUUAUGAAAAAACACUCGAAAUUCAACAAAAAGUUCUUCCACCGAAGCAUCCAGAUUUAGCUAUCAGUUAUAAUAAUAUUGGUUCUAUUUAUAGUUCGAUGGGAGAUUAUUCAAAUGCAUUUAUUUAUUAUAAUAAAUCUCUUGAAAUUCGACAAAUUUUUCUUCCUUCAAAUCAUCCAGAUAUAGCUGCUAGUUAUAAUAAUAUCACACUUGAAAUUCAAGAAAAUUCUCUUGAUUCAAGACAUUCUGAUUUAGCUAAUACUAACAAUAAAAUGGGUCCAAUCUAUAGUUCCAUCGACAAUAACUUAACUGCAUUAUCGUACUAUGAAAAAUCACUUGAUAUUAGACAAAGUUCCCUUCCUCCGAAUCAUCCAGAUUUGGCGUCAAUUUUCAAUAAUAUUGCUUUAAUAAAUAAUACACUUGGAAAUCAACCGAUAGCAUUGUCAUUUUGUCAAAAAGCAUUAGAUAUACAAUUAAAAUCAUAUUCUCAUGAUCAUCCAUCUUUAGCUACAACUUAUACUUAUUUUGGUUCAAUUUAUAGUUCUAUGAAAGAUUAUGAAACUGCAAUUAAAUAUCAUAAAAAAGCACUUGAAAUUCGACAAAAAUCUCUAUAA